AUGGCGACGUUGCGAGACGGUGGUGGUGGUGGCGUUGUUCAAAUCGAGGAAUCGGGCCGCAAGCUGAAAAAGGCGGAGGUCGACUUUAUGCGCCUGAUCGAGCAGCAGAACCUGCAGCGUGUCCAGAAGUUGCAGCGCCAGCGACGCAAUAACAAACUGACCGGCAUCGCGCUCGGCGGCACCGUGCUCGGCAUCUACCUCUACUCGAUGCUGUCGGUGAAGCAGGAGAAAUUCCUGGACGAUUUCGAGGAACCGGUCAAGCUAGAGGUGGAAAACAAGGCGCUGUAA